GACUAAUCCUCACAUUCUUUUUUGCAUUCAUGUUCAAGUCAUCGUCCAUUGCACUUUGCUCUGCUCUCAAGGCUCCGCUUAGUGCUGCUCGUGGUGCCAGAAUCAUCUCUCGUGCUGCUGGUGUUCAUACUCUACCCAAGAUUCUUUCUAGCCCCCUAAGCGAAGUUGAUCCAGAUGUGUUUGACUUGAUCGAAUUGGAAAAACGUCGCCAGCGUGACAGUAUUUGCCUGAUCCCAUCAGAGAACUUUACUUCUUCAUCUGUCAUGGGUGCUCUUGGAUCCAUCAUGCAAAACAAGUACUCGGAGGGAUAUCCUGGUGCUCGUUAUUAUGGUGGCAACGAAUUUAUUGAUCGAGCUGAGCGUCUUUGCCAAGCUCGUGCUCUUGAAGCUUUCAAGCUUGAUCCUGCAAAAUGGGGUGUUAAUGUCCAGUCCUUGUCUGGCGCACCUGCCAACCUCUACGUGUAUAGUGCACUUAUGAAACCACACGAGCGUCUCAUGGGCUUGGAUCUCCCUCAUGGUGGACAUUUGUCACAUGGAUACCAAACUCCUGCCAAAAAGAUAUCCGCUGUUUCCACUUACUUUGAGACUCUGCCUUACCGUCUUAACGAGGAGACUGGUGUUGUUGACUUUGAUGCGUUGGAAAAAACUGCCAUACUUUAUCGUCCCAAGAUCAUUAUUGCUGGCGCUUCCGCGUACCCCCGUAACUGGGACUAUGCUCGUAUGCGCAAGAUUUCCGACAGCGUUGACGCUUACUUAAUGUCUGAUAUGGCUCACAUCAGUGGCAUGGUUGCUGCCGGUGUUCUUCCAUCCCCAUUUGAGCAUUCGGAUAUUGUCACCACAACCACUCAUAAAUCGUUGCGUGGACCUCGUGGUGCUAUGAUUUUCUUCCGUAAGGGCAUUCGUAGUGUUGACAAGAAAGGCAAAGAGGUCAAGUACAACUUGGAAGAUCCAAUCAAUUUUUCAGUCUUUCCUGGUCACCAAGGCGGUCCCCACAACCACACUAUCACUGCACUUGCUGUCGCUUUGAAACAGGCAACUUCUCCAGAAUUCAAGGAAUAUCAAACCCAGGUUCUCAAGAACUGCAAGAUUCUUGAAGAAGAGCUUCGCAAGCGCGAGUACAGCAUGGUUUCUGGAGGAACCGAUAGUCAUUUACUUUUAAUUGAUCUCCGCAGCAAGAAAACUGAUGGAGCUCGGGUUGAGCGUAUUUUGGAAUUGGUCAAUAUUGCCUCCAACAAAAACACUAUCCCAGGUGACAAAAGUGCUCUUGUGCCACAUGGUCUUCGUAUUGGAUCUCCUGCCAUGACCACUCGUGGACUUGUUGAGGCCGAUUUUGCCAACAUUGCCGAAUUGAUUGAUCGUGCCGUGAAAAUCACUGUUGACAUUAGCAACACCAUUCAAGGCACAAAGCUCAGUGAUUUCAAGGCUACAGUUGGAGAAACAGGUGAAGCGUAUCCCGAGAUUGCCAAACUUCGUGAAGAUGUCAUUGCUUUUGCUCGUUCGUUCCCCGCUGUUGGAUUCAAAGAGGCAGAAAUGAAAUAUCCAAACUAGAAAUAUAUGAUUAGCUGCUCAAACCAAUAAAAUCAUUUGUUGUGUGAUC